CAACUACCACACCUUUCCCUUUCCCUUUUCUUUUCUCUUCUCUUCUUUUCCUCAUUCCCCAAUCUUCUGUUUUUGUGUCUUCUCAUCAUCACAAUGGCAGCAUCCAUAAAGCUCACCGCCCCCAAUGGCACAACCUGGGACCAACCCACGGGCCUCUUCAUCAACAACGAAUUCGUAGCUGCCCAGAGCGGCGAGACAAUCACCUCCAUUGACCCUGCUACCGAGGAAAACAUCACUACCGUUCAGGCCGCUGGUGCCGCCGAUAUCGAUGCUGCUGUCAACGCCGCCGCAGCAGCUCUGAAGCACGCCUCAUGGAAGCGCAUCUCGGCCUCCGAGCGCGGCCGCAUGAUGGCCAAGCUUGCCGAUCUUAUGGACGAGAAGAAGGAACUCUUUGCUACCAUUGACGCCUGGGACAAUGGCAAAACAUACCACGAAGCCCUCGAGGUCGAUCUCGUCGAAGCCGUCUCCGUCAUCCGCUACUACGCCGGCUGGGCCGACAAGACAUACGGCCAGACCAUCAGCACUAUCCCCGAAAAGUUUGCAUACACGCUCCGUCAGCCCAUUGGCGUCGUCGGCCAAAUCAUUCCCUGGAACUACCCGCUCUCCAUGGCCACCUGGAAGCUCGGCCCAGCUCUCGCCUGCGGAAACACGGUUGUCCUCAAGCCCGCGGAGCAGACACCGCUCAGCAUCCUCGUCUUUGCUGAGCUCAUUCGCGAAGCUGGCUUCCCUCCAGGUGUAGUCAACAUUGUCAAUGGCUACGGCAAGACGGCCGGCUCGGCCCUCGUCGGACACCCCAAGGUGGACAAGGUUGCCUUUACCGGCUCCACGGCCACAGCUACACAGAUCAUGGCCAUGGCUGCCAAGACGCUCAAGAACAUCACGCUCGAGACGGGAGGCAAGUCGCCUCUUCUCGUCUUUUCAGACGCCGAUAUGGAGCAGGCCGUCAAGUGGUCGCACAUGGGCAUCAUGUCCAACCAGGGCCAAAUCUGCACGGCCACGUCCCGCAUCCUGGUCGAGGACAAGAUCUACGACGAGUUUGUCACAAACUUCCUCUCGACCCUCAAGGAAGUGAGUAUUGUUGGAAACCAGUGGGACUCCAAGACCUACCAGGGUCCUCAGGUAUCCAAGGCCCAGUAUGAUCGCGUCUUGGAAUACAUUGAGGUCGGCAAGCAAGAAGGCGCUACAGUAUCGGCUGGUGGCCAGGCAGCCAAGGCCUCAGAGACCGGAAAGGGAUUCUUUGUCGAGCCUACCGUUUUCACCAAUGUCACUCCUGAAAUGCGUAUCUAUAAGGAGGAAAUCUUUGGCCCCGUGGUCGUCAUUGUCAAGUUCUCUACAGAGGACGAGGCGCUCGCCAUGGCCAAUGGAACAACAUAUGGCCUUGGCUCGGCCGUCUUCACCAAGGAUCUAGAGCGUGCUCACCGCGUUGCUAGCGAGAUCGAGGCCGGCAUGGUCUGGGUCAACAGCAGUCAAGACUGCGACCCUCGUGUGCCUUUUGGAGGUGUUAAGCAGAGCGGUAUCGGCCGAGAACUUGGUGAGGCUGGCUUAGAUGCAUACUCGCAAGUUAAAGCUGUCCACGUCAACAUGGGAACACGCCUGUAAAAUGAAUGAUACGAAUUUAGCAUAAACAUAAAAAUGUAUUUCAAUU